AUGGGAUCCGUUAGAGUUUUGCACGUGCACGACAACUCUAUGGAAGCAGACUACCACGAAUUGGUACGUCCAAACACUGUCUCAAUUCUGUGGGUGCUACCACAAUACUUCAUCAUCACUCUUGGUGAGGUAUUAUUGUCCGUUACUGGUCUCGAGUUUGCCUACUCGCAAUCAGCUCCAAACAUGAAAAGUGUGCUUCAGGUAUUAUUGUCCGUUACUGGUCUCGAGUUUGCCUACUCGCAAUCAGCGCCAAACAUGAAAAGUGUGCUUCAGGCAUUAUGGUUGUUGACGGUAUUCAUGGGGAACGUGAUAGAUAUGGGAAUCAGUGGAACGCAUAUCAUUCCGGAACCAGCGAUGGAGUUCUUCUUUUAUGCUUUGCUAAUGAUCCUUACUAUGGGAAUAUUCAUUGUGUUGGCCAUGCGAUACACUUACGUUGAGGACGUUGAAGAAGCGCAGCCAAUGCAAGAAAAGGAACGCAUUACUUCCGAAGAC